AUGCAGGAAGACCUUUUACCAAAGAUCUGGGCAAUUUUGUCUGAGAUCGAUGUCACUAAAACCAGUGAUGACGAUCUCUGCAAUUUUCUUUUGGAAAGGUCGAUUUCCGUCCUAGCUUUUCUUGACGUUCUCCUUAAUUGUUUCAUUCGCGCCAAUUUUCUCGGUGGCCAUUCUGACCAGGAAGAAGAUAUCGCUAACCUCAAGAAACUUGAUUCCGAAGCCCUAAUUUGUCUCGUAUGCGAGGGCGAAACUCCGUUCAAAAAGGCCAAACAUUUGGGUUUAUUCUGGCUGUGCAAACGUCUCUCACUUCGAAUGUGUGAGGUGUCCCGGCACCUGCUAUUCCCAUAUUUACUCACAGCUCUCAAAUGUAUCUAUCUGCAUCAGUACUUACUUGGCCAAGAGCGGUCAGCACAACUGGACGCUGAAUUUCAGCACCUGCUUGAGUUAGCGGAAUCAGAAAUAACUGUAGUCGACUCAAUUCCUAGCGAAGACCUAACGACCUUCUAUCUUCUUGCAUCUUACCUCAGUGUUUUCUACUACCGUUACAACAUGGCAGAUGAGUAUUCAACCAGAUGCUCCAAGCAUCUUCAUUUGUCGCUUCAGUUCAGUGGCGGCCUUGCUAAGUGCACACGUUUUCAGAGUACCAACGUGUCGCAGUUGUGGAUCAAAGUUGAUCGCUCUGUGGAAUCGGAGUAUACAUUUCCAGACCGUGCGCCUGCACUUCCAAAGUUGGUCUCACUUGAUGACGAUACAUUGUUGAACACGGUUGUCUUUUGCGAGGAUGUGAAGAACCAAUUCCGCGUACUCACCUUGGAGGAACAGAGCCUUGUGUUGUUACUUUGUGACCUGCAUCGUUUAGCCUAUCCAAACGACGAGAUUACCAACGAACAACGUUUGGUGUAUCUCAACACAAUUUUGCAACAGGCUUAUCCGGAUUCGAAAGAUGCAACCGUAGCCCAUGCACCCUUUUCUUGUUGGCCACUGGCGACGGAAGCCCUGUUCCGUCGGAGCCUGCUAGAGCAUACUUCAGUGCGAAGAUCUGAACGCGCUCUGUCUCAGUUGGAAGAAUUGGUUAACCAGUUCGAUCGAACUGAUCCACCUGUGGCGGACCGCGCUAUUGAGCACUUCUUCUUGGCUCGUAUGCCUUCCGUUUGGGUAUUACAAGCCGAACAAGCUCGCUUGUUAAAGAAGAUGGGUUGUUUUAAAAGUGCAUUGGACAUCUUUCUGCGCUGGAAUCAGUGGUCCGAUAUUAUUGACUGCUACACACAUUUGAACAAACGGGAAAAAGCUGAGGAAGUUAUUCGUGAACAACUGGCGGCUGGUGAUCAGUCUCCGGAGCUCUAUUGUGCCCUCGGUGACGUAACAAACAACCGCGAACACUACUUGACUGCCUGGGAAGUAUCCGAUCGCCGAUCUGCUCGUGCAAUGCGAAGUCUAGCAGUCGUAUUUAUGUAUGUGGAUAAGGAUUAUGAGAAAGCUAUGGAAUGUUUUGAAAAGUCCCUGAGCAUCAAUAACCUCCAGGUUGCUCUCUGGUUUACCUAUGGGUGUUGUUGCCUCCAAGCUAGAAACUAUCCAAAAGCCGAGACGGCAUUCCGCAGGUGCGUUCAAUUGGAUCCAGAGAAUUUUGAAGCCUGGAAUAAUUGCGCAAGUGCCGCUGUUCUGAGAGGAAAAAAGGACGUCGCGUUGCAACUGCUAAAAGAGGCGUGCAAGCAUAACUUUGAAAAUUGGCGCAUUUGGGAGAACAUUUCCAUCAUUAGCGCUGACGUUGGCGCGUUCGGGGACACAAUCCAGGCGUGUCAUCGGUUGUUAGACCUACGAGAGAAAUAUUCUGAUGCUGAAAUCCUUGGUGUCCUCUCCAAAGCCGUUGUCGACGAUGUCCCCAGCACCAGCGGGACCUCCGCUGGAUCACUCCGCCAGAAAGUUCUUGAAUUGUUCGGUCGAGUCACUUCAGUGACCUCAACCAAUGCGGAAAUAUGGAAAGAGUAUGCACUCCUGUUGCUUGGAGAAAAGCCAUCGCCAAAGACUACCACUUUCCAAAAGGCCGUGAAGAACCUCCAAACUGCCCACCGGUGCCGUGUACAACCUAAAGAAGGGAGUUGGCAGCAGUCGCCGGAUAAGCGCCUCGAAGUUGUUCAAGGACUGCAGCUAUGGGCCAAGACGUUGUUCGAGGCCGAUUCCAUCACCCCGAACGGAGAUGGACCCUCAGAUUCCUCAGCAGAUUUAGACCACGUUGGUCAAAGUACUUUUAUCAAGUCCAGUUUCGCCUCUCUCCGUCUGAGUUUGAUUUCCGUAAAAGGAGCGCUAAAGAUUACUGAAGAUUCCACCCUAGACGAAAAAGUUCAAGGUGAGAUUCAAAACCUGCGAAACGAAGUGCAACAACUUUUGGAGAGACUACCCUCUGGAGUUGGUUCCACGAUGGAGUGCUCCAUUAACUUUCUGUGUCGCCUAGGAGUACGAAGAUGGAGCUAUUAUUCGCCACCGUUUGUACGGUCACUCACUUCUGGCCGUGGUGCACUGCGACCGUUUCAACCUCCUUUCAUUCUCGGACAGCUAACUGAUCAGGCGUUCGUUGAACAAAUGAGGGCUAAUUUGGCCGCCCGUAAUUCUCGUCUCGAUAUGGAUCAUCUGCUCAACCUACACAAGCGAUACUCAUCGGGUGAAAACUCUGUCUACACGGAGCUAGUGAAUCUGAUCAGCCAGCUGCCUAACUCAACGCAUCCACUGACGCCUGUUGGCGAUCCUUCGAAGGCUAAACAGAUUUACCUCCAUGGCAGCAAGCUGGCAGUCGAUUGGAAACCAAAAGAUGCUGUUACACUGUCCACUGCAAUGGUUCCCACUGGUCCAUCCCUCUCCAAUCCUGAUUCUCUCGAUGUCUUCCAUCCAACACCUCACUUACGCGUCAGAAACGCAACCAUGGCUACUGGAUUGCGAACCUAUUACUUCAGUGGUCCUUUGGCCAAGAUUGAGGAUGCGCUGACAGAAUUGACCCUAGAGCGCCUUACUCAAGCUGGAUUUGCCCUGAUUUCUGUUCCAGACAUACUACCUGAGCCGGUCAUCGAAGCCUGUGGAUUCCCUACUAAAGGCUCACGUUCCCAGGUCUAUAAGCUCUGCUCGUCAGAAGACAUGACCUACUGCCUUUCGGGUACGGCAGAAAUGGGUCUGGCCAGUUUUUGCGCGGGACGGACUUUUACUGUCGAGGAACAGUUAACCGAUCCAAACACAAGUUCUGCUGUUGGACUCUGUGCUGUCAGUCGGUGUUUUCGGCAAGAGGCCCCACACCAAGAAGCUCCACUCUACCGAGUCCACCAAUUUACAAAGGUUGAAAUGUUUGGUCUCACGCCACCCGACAUGUCCGCGUCAGAUGCCUUUUUCAACAAGAUUUUGAAAUUCCAAAUCUGUCUUUUUGCAGAUUUGGGACUACACUUCAGAGUGCUGGAGAUGCCCACAUCCGAAUUGGGAAAUUCUGCUCAUCGAAAGGUAGAUAUUGAAGCCUGGAUGCCUGGUGAAAACGUGUAUGGCGAAAUAUCAAGCACCUCCAGUUGCCUGGACUAUCAGUCCAAACGUCUCAACAUCAGAUGGACCUCCUCCACAGGCGAACAACAAAAUGCCUACACGCUCAACGGAACUGCAUGUGCGAUGCCCCGAAUGAUAAAAGCCCUUUUGGAAACCCAUCAGAACAAGGAUGGCAGUGUCAAUAUCCCAGAAGUCCUACGGCCUGUGCUAGCCAGGCAAGGCGGAUUGGCGCAACCGAAUAUCCGUAUCAAACUGAAGCUAGCCAGCUACUAGCCUCGGCUUUCUCACAUGGCUCCAAAAUCAAUGCAUCAGAAAGCACUGUUGUUUUUUAUCCCUGUACAAUAACCACUGCGAGCUCCACGACCUAUGUGUGUUUGAUAUUUUGGUAUUGAUGAGCUGAAAACACUUGAAGUUUGC